AUGAAUGCCCACCAAAAUACCCCUCCAAUUCUCACACCCCAACCAGAUCUUGAAAAUGGCCCAGAAGACAACAACCACUCACAUCAAACUCGUCGUAACCAGCUCGACCAACAACAACGAGAGUCCACUGGGAACUGGUUAGUAGGAUCAUUCAUCUACCGUCUCUUUUGCGCCCCUACAUCAUCCAUACCACACCAAAUCAUCCUCCUCUUUUCCUUUGCAAUCUUCCUCCCAAUCUUUAUGAUCUUUUUCUUCGUCUCCGCAAUCAUCCUCCUCAUCCGCUCAGCUCUUGGCUAUGAUCCUCCAUUGGCCCCACCUACAGAUACUCUCGACCAAGAAACACAACAAGUCAAUCCCUCCAUGGUCGCUGUCUCCGCUCUAAUAAAUGAAUUCGCACCAAAUUCUGCUACACCUCAUCCACCUUUACCAAGAAGAACAACCCUCCAGAGAAACCAAAGAGACCCAGAUAAUUGUCUGUCUGAAAAGGAACUGGAAAAACUCUUCCCUGUCACUACAGUUGCCGAAUUUCUUACAACUGUCAAAUCUGUAGAAAAAGAACCAAGUGAUGAAAAUGAUGAAAAAAAAUCAAUAAUAACUGAUAAUAAUAGUAAUAAUAAUUCUACAAACUUUGAUUCUUCAAUAUCUAAUGGUGAUGAUAUUAACACUAAAGACCUAGCUGAACCUCCUCACGCCACUACUAAUAUUAACAUUAACACUACGACUAGCACUACUAAUAAUAAUACCAAAACAAAUAAAACUACCCAAUCUUCUUCUUCUUCCUCUUCCUCCUCCUCAAGAUUAAAUCUAUCCCACCACCUCCAUUUCCCUAAAUUCUCCUCUUCUGGCUCCAAAGCCCCUGCUUUUCUGUCUUCUAAUCAUCAACAAUCUUAUACAUCUACCUCUCUCAUGUGUCCCAUCUGCCAAAUCCAAUUUGGCCACGAACACGAUGAUGAAGAUGGUGAAGAAAACCAACAAAACAACACUAACAACACUAACAAUACCCCUUCAUUAGACUCAUCAACCCCUCUCAGAGUGUUGCACUGUGGUCAUGCUUUCCACGACGAGUGUAUCCGCAGAUGGCUCUGCCACAUCAAGCCUACCUGUCCUCUUUGCAACCGCGUUUUUGUCACCAAACGCAGACCCGAGCCUACCGAGUAUUUUGAAGGUUAUUUUUGGAUAUAA